AGCAAAACAGCUGCCAUGUAGCAAAUUAUCAUAAAACAGAUUUGACGAGUGUCGGACAUAAUUACCAGCUUCAGUCAUAUUUGAUUGUUUUUUAUAUACAGAAAACAAUUAAUAUAUAGCAGAUGGCCAACACGGAUGAUGAACACUUAGCGGCAAUAAAUAACAGCGAUUCAGAGGAAGCCGAAUUUGCUGAUCUUAGUCCAGCAUUUAUAGAGUUGGUUAAACAAGUUGAGGAUUAUGUGCCAACAGUACCAGAUGCUAUCACCGCUAGCUUCUUAAACCGAAAUGGAUUUGAAACCGUCGAUCCACGAAUUGUUAGAAUAAUAUCUGUUGCUGCACAGAAAUUCAUAUCAGAUAUAGCUAACGAUGCGCUCCAGCAUUGUAAGACGCGGACAAGCAAUAAUCAACAUUCCAGCAGUCAUGGAGCUAACAAGGACAAGAAGCCAAAUAAAGAUCGCAAAUACUCUUUGGCAGUGGAGGAUAUAUCUCCUGCACUUGGAGACCAUGGCAUUACGGUGCGCAAGCCGCAUUAUUUUGUUUGAAUUUUUAUGUUCAAACAGAAAUUUGGACUUAUUUAAGCAGUUGUAG